AUGACCAAGUCAUAUGACAGGCUUUCAUGGUUGUUUUUUACUAAGGUGCAAAGGAAGAUAGAGUUUGGAGAGAGAUUCAUAGGGUUGGUGUUUGGGAUUGUGUCAAACAACUGGUAUUCAGCGCUAAUAAAUGGACAACCCUAUGGUUUCAUCAAAUCAUCCCGAGGGGUCAAGCAAGGAGAUCCCUUAUCUCCUAGACUUUUCAUCUUGGCUGCUGAAGCUUUAUCUAGAGGUUUGAAUGCUCUACAUUUGAAUCUCUAUUUUGGUGGUUAUGGAAUGCCUAAGUGGAGUCCUAAAAUCAACCAUUUGGCAUACGCGGAUGAUACUAUCAUUUUCUCUUCAUCAGAUGCUACCUCCCUUAGAUUAGUAAUGGAAGUUUUGACUGUAUAUGAGGCAGCUUCUAGUCAGUUGGUGAACAAGAGCAAAUCUGCCCUUUAUAUGCACCAUUUGGCUGAUGUGGAGGUUGUCACAAAGGUUGAAAGAAUCACUGGAAUUGGAAGAAAAGAGUUUCCUUUCACUUAUCUUGGGUGUCCUAUUUUCUAUGCUAGGAGGAAGAUGGAUUAUUAUCAAGAUUUGAUCACUAAGGUUAUGGAUAAAUUGCAAGCAUGGAAAGGGAAAUUAUUAUCAAAUGGUGGCAGGGCAAUCUUGAUUUCUCAUGUUCUCCAAAGUAUGCCAAUUCACUUGCUUUCUGCAGUGAAUCCUCCACAUUAUGUCAUUAACAAGAUUCACAAAAUAUUUGCACAAUUUUUUUGGAGUAGUACCAUAAGAGGCAAUAGUAGGCAUUGGGCUUCAUGGAAUAGUUUGUGUAUGCCUUGUGAUGAAGGGGGUAUUGGGUUUAGAUCACUGCAUGACGUAUCAAGGGCUCUAUUUUGUAAGUUAUGGUGGAAUUUUAAAACAAAGCCAAGUUUAUGGAGUUCCUUUAUGUGCCAAAAGUAUUGCAAAAAGCUAAAUGCUAUAAUUGUGCCUUGGAGGAAGGAAUCUCAUACUUGGAGGAAAAUGUUGGAGUGUAGGGAUGUUAUUGAGCAUCAAAUUACAUGGCAACUGAAGAUGGGCUCUUCUCUUUUUUGGUUUGAUAAUUGGACAGGACUAGGGGCUUUAUAUUUUCUAGUUCCUCCAAAUUUUUUUAUUGAUGAAACAAUUCAUAAUGUGUAUGAAGUUCUGGAGGAAGGUGCAUGGAAUGUUGAGGAAAUUAUGGAGAUUCUGCCUGAGGAGUUUGCUGUGCACAUGAUCUGGAGAAAAUUAAGCCUCCAGUUAUGGAGAACACUUUGGAUGUACCAUACUGGAUGCUCGAGACUCGUGGCCGCCAAGAUAGUAUGGAAAUAUUUCCUAUCUAGAGCAGGGAUACGACUGGAGGGUUUGACAUUGCAUCAGGCGAUCACUAGUUGUUGGACAGUUCAGGUGCUGCCCAGAAUUAAGCCCAUAAUGCAAGCCCUUCCUUCUUGCAUUAUAUGGGAACUGUGGAAAAGGAGAAACAGCUUUAAAUAUGGGGAAGUAGUCUCAAUCAGCAUGGUUAUUUACCAGGUAUCCUCUUCUCUUCAAGCUCUUGUAAGAGUAAGGAAGCCAGGCCUUAUUAAUGUUCAUCAUAAGUGGCAAGAUAUGUUAACAAUGCUGGAAAACUAUACUCUUAGGCUGAAGUAUGACAAGGUCAUUUGGGAGUUGCCUAUGGUGCGUUGGGUGAAGGUAAAUACUAAUGGUGCCUCGAGGGUGAAUCUGGGGAGGAGCUCAAUUGGUUUGUGUAUAAGAAAUGAUGAUGGAGAUUUAGUAUAUGCUCUUGGAAGGGAGAUCAAUUGUCACGGCCCGGAAUUCCCAACCUCGGGAGCCGUGACGGCGCCUACUCGUAGAAGCUAG